ACCGCAACUCAGUCGCACCAGGCCACAGAGGUGACCAACACCCCUUUCACCAUGAAGCCAUCCUUCGGUCUGGUUCUUCCGUUCCUUCUCCCCCUCAUUGCGGCCCAGGUUCCCCACUGGGGCCCGUGUCCAGAGCCGGCCGUCCAACCUGCCUUCAACCUUAAACAGUUCAUGGGUAGAUGGUUUGAAAUUGCCAAAUUGCCGGCCCAGUUCGAGAAGGGAAGGUGCAUUGAGACCAACUUCACUCUGAAGCCAGAUAACUCCAUUCGAGUGGUCAGCUCUGAAAUACUGAAGGGAGAGUUGAGAAAAAUUGAAGGGACUGGAGUCGCAGAGGAUCAGAAGAAUCCUGCCAAACUGGGAAUAACUUACUCAUACGUCCUGCCCUACUCUCCCUACUGGAUCCUGGCCACUGACUACGUGAACUCGGCCCUGGUGUAUUCUUGCACUGACAUCUUGAGGCUCUUCCAUGUCGACUUUGCCUGGAUCCUGAGCCGAAAGCGAACCCUGCCUGACGCCACCGUCGAGCGAGCCAAGGACAUCUUCACCAACAACAACAUCGACGUGAGCAGGAUGAUCGCCAGCAGGCAGCAAGGCUGUGACAAAACCCUCUGACUCACAUCUGAGCGAUGAGCAGCACUGGAAACGCAACACAAGAUGGCACUGUUGUAAACAGGGAACACCUGGGGAGAUGUUCAUAUCCAUGACUAAUCUUUGAGUAAUUAUCAGGCUCUCUAUGUAGUGAAGCUUAAAGCCCUCAAAACUUAUUUUACCAACAUUUUUAUUUUUGUUGAACAGCACUUACCCAGCUUUUCAUGUUAAUAAAACUUCUAUGGCAUAAAUUCAUUAUAUACAUUAUACUAAGUAAUGUGAUGUAAAUUAUUAAAGGACUUUGAAGAUAAUGGCA